ACGGUUAUCGAGUUGCAUGUGAAGUGGCAUGUGAUCAAGGGCGUCCCCAACUCGCAGUUCAGGCAUAUCAUUACUGCAUCGAACGAUGGGAAACCCGUCACCAACAGCAGGGAGACUCAAGAGGUGCCUUUGAACCAGGGCCAGGAGAUGCUGCGCAUAUUCAAGUCGUACUCAUCGCGCACUUCCAUUCUGGAUGACUUCACCUUCUAUGACAGCCGCCAGCGCGCCAUGCAGGAGAGAAAGAUGCGGCAGCCCCACCCGAUGCAGCAGCAUCCCCAGCAGCACCCGCAGCAGCAGCAGCAGCAGCAGCACUACCAGCACCAGCAGCAGCACUUGCAGCAGCAGCACCAUCAGCAGCAACUGCAGCAGCAGAGGACAGCUGAAAUGAUGCAUCAGGUUGUAGGCAGGAGAGAUUGGAGCACUGGAGGAGAGGUUGGGAAGGACAGCAGCAAGAGAGCAGAGCAGCAGCGAGAGUUGGGAGUCCAGGGAUAUGUGGAGGAUGAUCGGAACGAUGUUGAUGUCGCAGAAAAGGAUGGAAGUUGGGAGUGAUCGACGAUGAAAAAGAAGGGGUGCUGUCGAAGGGAGAAGCAGGCAGGUGGCCAGAAGUGGAUGAUUGCUCGAGUGGCUUGUUCGGAAGGGACAAUACCAAAUCUUGAACAUCAGCAACGUGAAGUAUGGGAGGGAGUGAAGAUGAGCCUGGGGAAGGAUGAUAAGGGAGUCGAAAAA